AUGAAACUGAUUCUCCUUGCCGCUGUUUCAAUGGCCGUUGUUUUUGGGCAAAUGACCACCACAGCCCCGACAGCUGAUCCAUGCCAAAUGUGCGAUUAUAUCAUGAACCAAGCCCGGCACCACCUCAACAAUGGAUACGAUGAACCAACCCUUCUCAAAGAGCUUCUCAAUGAUUGCCAGAGUUUGGGCCGCUUCUACGGACAACAAGCCGUUCGAGACUGUCAAGAUACGUGCAAUCAAAACAUUGACACCAUCUACAAGGACUUGAAAGCCGGCAAAGACGCGUGGCAAGUGUGCUACGACUUGCAUGCCUGCUUCGGCACUGAACCAACCCACCAAAGCCACCCGCACACAAUGGAACCAAAGCUCAAGAAGAAAUACUUC